AAAAAUAUAUAGCAAAAUUGUCCUACCGGAAAAAGUUUUCAAAAUUCUUGAGAUUAUAUUCUGCUGCGAAUAACUUGUCUUCUUUUAGUUCCAAGAUCGACUGUCUUACAUAGACAAGCGUUACGACCAUCUUCGAAAACUUACGCAAACGCUGAAGAAAAAGAUCAACGAAUUAGAAGAUAUCAUGCGACAAGAUAAUGACGAUGAGAAUAUGGAGCAAAUCCAACGCCUAAUCGAAGAGAUUAAAAGAGAGAAGCAAAUGAUGCGUGAUGAAGCUCACAUUAUUCGAGGCGAGCUCUCCCAGGCAAUGUAUAACGAGGACCUAAGGUAA